AUGGACAUCGAUGAACUUGAUUUACUUGGCGAGGUGUAUAUCCCGGAGUCAAGCACACAAGAUGGAGGUGAACUCAACGUCACCAUAGCAACGUAUAGUCACCAAGAUGACGACCUUUUUCUUAUAAAAGUCGUGGUACAAAUUGUCAUCCUCGUCCUUGCUUUGUUUGGAAAUACUUGCCUAUUCAUAUCUAUGCGCAGACGCAAGCGUAGCUAUACAAGGAUGCAUGUGUUCAUAAUGCAUCUUUGCUUCGCAGACUUACUUGUGGCUUUUUUUAACAUUUUGCCACAGCUUAUUUGGGAGAUCGUUGGUGAGUGGAAGGCAGGGGAUAUUAUGUGCAGAGUGAUUAAAUUUUUACAAGUGUUUGUGAUGUAUUUGUCUACAUAUGUGCUAGUUUUGACAGCUUUAGACAGACGGCGCGCAAUUUGCUCACCGCUAUUAAGCCACACAUGGACAUACCGUCUUGUUCAUCUGUCAGUAGGCGGGGCUUAUUUGCUCUCGGUAAUGUUAAGUAUUCCACAAGCGAUUAUCUUCAAAUAUCAGGAAACUAUGCCGGGAUCUGGAAUAAAAAACUGUUGGGUGCACUUCGCACCAGAAUGGACUUUGCAGUUCUACAUCACAGCAUUUACACUUCUUGUGUAUAUUAUUCCUCUAGCUAUCCUCAUUUACGCUUAUGGCUCAAUCUAUUAUACGAUAUUCGUCCGUCACAAGCAAUCCAAGAAUGAAAACAAUAAGCCAAUACCGGUUGCUAAUGAUUCCUAUUGCCCCGGAAAUGUUGUCAAGAAAAAUGGAAUAGCCAUAAAGGGAUUAAGUGUACAGUCACAUCCAUUAUGCCACAGAUCACAGUCGGGCGUGCCUGUUGUUCCUCGAAGCAACUCAUGGGCAGGAUUUACAAGGGCUAAACUGAAGACUGUCAAACUCACGCUCGUCAUUAUUCUGGCUUAUGUUGGAUGCUGGUCUCCGUUUUUCGUAUCUCAGUUGUGGUGGCUUUACGAUGAGAAUGCGCCAGCAAACAACAAAGCACUUGUCAUCAUGUUGCUUCUGGCAAGUCUAAACAGUUGCUGCAAUCCAUGGAUUUACAUGGCCUUCAGUGGAACUCUUUCACUUCGAGCAUUUACAACCCAGCAUGAGUGCUGCGGAAACCGACUCACCAAAAGUAGUCCCUACAGUCCCACGCUCUGUAAAAGUAACCGGAGUAUACUUACAUCACGGUCUGUCACGACAACGCCACUAACACCAACGCCAUCAACGUCGAAACCAGUCGUGUACAAUCCGCUGAUUUCACAGACACCUAUGUAA